AUGGGCAUAACGGAGCCCUCCGUCAUAGAGAGGGUUGUUGGGAACCCCCACCCAGCCUCACAGCCCACAGCACAGCGCGUCCGUGGGAACAACAAUUCUGACGUACGCAAGAAGAGGGCGGCCGGGUGGGCUCGAAUCCCCCCCACUUACACGCUCACGUACACGCUCACAUGCACGUACACGCAGACUGGUCUUUUUGACAAGUAUGAUUAUUCCUCCCACCUCACUGCGACCAUCUGA